AAUGACAAGAACAACACAGCAUGUAUCUCCAUUUCCUGCACUAUUUAUAGAGAUACAGAUUCAAAAUAAUGAUAUUUUGUUACUAAAACACUGUUUAGGAGGGAUCAUUAUUUACAGGUUGGUAACCUGGAGGGAAAUGGGGGAGGUGGCAUGCUUUGUGUUUAGUAUUUGUUUUAGCACAGGGGAGGGUCAUGUCAUUUGUAAUGAUGAUGACAUUCCAAUAUUUCUUAGUAUUUUAGAAUGAGUUGAUCAUUAUUAGGCUAGAUAUUGAUGUCAGAUAAUAUCAAAUGAGCUUACAGGCUAUGCAGUAUGGUCUCAAUCAAAUGAUCCAUAGCCUGUGGGCUAUACAGCAGGUUAUAGUUAUACAGCAGGUUAUACAGCAGGUUAUACAGCAGGUUAUACAGCAGGUUAUAGUUAUACAGCAGGUUAUAGUUAUACAGCAGGUUAUACAGCAGGUUAUACAGCAGGUUAUACAGCAGGUUAUAGUUAUACAGCAGGUUAUAGUUAUACAGCAGGUUAUACAGCAGGUUAUAGUUAUACAGCAGGUUAUACAGCAGGUUAUACAGCAGGUUAUACAGCAGGGUAUAGUUAUACAGCAGGUUAUACAGCAGGGUAUAGUUAUACAGCAGGUUAUACAGCAGGGUAUAGUUAUACAGCAGGUUAUACAGCAGGUUAUACAGCAGGUUAUAGUUAUACAGCAGGUUAUACAGCAGGUUAUAGUUAUACAGCAGGUUAUACAGCAGGUUAUACAGCAGGUUAUAGUUAUACAGCAGGUUAUACAGCAGGUUAUAGUUAUACAGCAGGUUAUAGUUAUACAGCAGGUUAUACAGCAGGGUAUAGUUAUACAGCAGGUUAUACAGCAGGUUAUAGUUAUACAGCAGGUUAUACAGCAGGUUAUAGUUAUACAGCAGGUUAUACAGCAGGUUAUAAAGCAAGUUAUAGUUAUACAGCAGGUUAUAGUUAUACAGCAGGUUAUAGUUAUACAGCAGGUUAUACAGCAGGUUAUAGUUAUACAGCAGGUUAUACAGCAGGUUAUACAGCAGGUUAUACAGCAGGGUAUAGUUAUACAGCAGGUUAUACAGCAGGGUAUAGUUAUACAGCAGGUUAUACAGCAGGUUAUACAGCAGGUUAUACAGCAGGUUAUACAGCAGGGUAUAGUUAUACAGCAGGUUAUACAGCAGGUUAUAGUUAUACAGCAGGUUAUACAGCAGGGUAUACAGCAGGGUAUAGUUAUACAGCAGGUUAUACAGCAGGUUAUACAGCAGGGUAUAGUUAUACAGCAGGGUAUAGUUAUACAGCAGGUUAUACAGCAGGGUAUAGUUAUACAGCAGGGUAUAGUUAUACAGCAGGUUAUACAGCAGGUUAUACAGCAGGGUAUAGUUAUACAGCAGGUUAUACAGCAGGGUAUAGUUAUACAGCAGGGUAUAGUUAUACAGCAGGUUAUACAGCAGGGUAUAGUUAUACAGCAGGUUAUAGUUAUACAGCAGGGUAUAGUUAUACAGCAGGUUAUACAGCAGGUUAUACAGCAGGUUAUACAGCAGGGUAUAGUUAUACAGCAGGGUAUAGUUAUACAGCAGGUUAUACAGCAGGGUAUAGUUAUACAGCAGGGUAUAGUUAUACAGCAGGUUAUACAGCAGGUUAUACAGCAGGGUAUAGUUAUACAGCAGGUUAUAGUUAUACAGCAGGGUAUAGUUAUACAGCAGGUUAUACAGCAGGUUAUACAGCAGGGUAUAGUUAUAGAGCAGGGUAUAGUUAUACAGCAGGUUAUACAGCAGGUUAUACAGCAGGGUAUAGUUAUACAGCAGGUUAUACAGCAGGUUAUAGUUAUACAGCAGGUUAUACAGCAGGUUAUACAGCAGGUUAUACAGCAGGUUAUAGUUAUACAGCAGGGUAUAGUUAUACAGCAGGUUAUACAGCAGGGUAUAGUUAUACAGCAGGGUAUAGUUAUACAGCAGGUUAUACAGCAGGUUAUACAGCAGGGUAUAGUUAUACAGCAGGUUAUACAGCAGGUUAUAGUUAUACAGCAGGUUAUACAGCAGGUUAUACAGCAGGUUAUACAGCAGGUUAUACAGCAGGGUAUAGUUAUACAGCAGGUUAUAGUUAUACAGCAGGUUAUACAGCAGGUUAUAGUUAUAGAGCAGGUUAUACAGCAGGUUAUACAGCAGGUUAUAGUUAUACAGCAGGUUAUACAGCAGGUUAUAGUUAUACAGCAGGUUAUACAGCAGGUUAUAGUUAUACAGCAGGUUAUACAGCAGGUUAUAGUUAUACAGCAGGGUAUAGUUAUACAGCAGGUUAUACAGCAGGUUAUAGUUAUACAGCAGGUUAUAGUUAUACAGCAGGUUAUAGUUAUACAGCAGGGUAUAGUUAUACAGCAGGGUAUAGUUAUACAGCAGGUUAUACAGCAGGUUAUAGUUAUACAGCAGGUUAUAGUUAUACAGCAGGUUAUAGUUAUACAGCAGGUUAUAGUUAUACAGCAGGUUAUACAGCAGGUUAUACAGCAGGUUAUACAGCAGGUUAUAGUUAUACAGCAGGUUAUAGUUAUACAGCAGGUUAUAGUUAUACAGCAGGUUAUACAGCAGGUUAUAGUUAUACAGCAGGUUAUACAGCAGGUUAUAGUUAUACAGCAGGUUAUACAGCAGGUUAUAGUUAUACAGCAGGUUAUACAGCAGGUUAUAGUUAUACAGCAGGUUAUACAGCAGGUUAUAGUUAUACAGCAGGUUAUACAGCAGGUUAUAGUUAUACAGCAGGUUAUACAGCAGGUUAUAGUUAUACAGCAGGUUAUACAGCAGGUUAUACAGCAGGUUAUAGUUAUACAGCAGGUUAUACAGCAGGUUAUAGUUAUACAGCAGGUUAUACAGCAGGUUAUAGUUAUACAGCAGGUUAUACAGCAGGUUAUACAGCAGGUUAUAGUUAUACAGCAGGCUAUACAGCAGGUUAUAGUUAUACAGCAGGUUAUAGUUAUACAGCAGGUUAUACAGCAGGUUAUACAGCAGGUUAUAGUUAUACAGCAGGUUAUACAGCAGGUUAUAGUUAUACAGCAGGUUAUACAGCAGGUUAUAGUUAUACAGCAGGUUAUAGUUAUACAGCAGGCUUAACAAAGUAACCUUCUUGAUUCUCAUAGAAGCACAUAGCAAAGUUAUAUAUCUAUGAAAAUGUACUUCCUUCCUGAGUGUUUCCGUGCUGCUGGGAUGUUGUGAAUAAAACUAGGCCGCACCACACACUGACAUGGCUAUCCCCACCCUGAUCCCCAGCCUGCUCUGCUCUUCCUGGCCUGAGGGUGGCUUCAUUUGAAGCUUUCAUUUAGGUGAUUAUUAGUAAGUUGAACACAGUCAAGAAACUGUAUACAAUGUAGAUCCAUUAUCAUUUCUAAACAUAAAACUGAUUUGUACUAAAACCACCCUCAAAACGUUGUUGUUUUUGCGUGCUCCUUUAUUAACCAAUGACAGCGCCGUAUAGGUCUCCAGUGGUAGUUCAGGAGGAGAGUCGAAGGCUCGCAUCUGAAAAUAAUGUGUGUUUAGGCCCAGUCCCAAAACAUGCACUUGGGUUAUUGAGUUAUUGACCUCACAUUAAGACAGAUUCUUGUAACUGACAUUGUGGUUUUGAAACGUGAAGCAGCAGCUGCCACAAUCACUCAGACAACUCACGGUGCUGAAAGUAGGCACAUUCCAGUAGGUACAAUUAAUUUAAAACAUCUUCAUUUUAAUUAGACUCUACUAACAACGAGGGCUUUGUGUUUGAGCCUAUGUCUUCCUGUUUAAGAAAGAAGAGUUGGUCCUACCUGGCUAUAAGCUGCUAUAUCCAUAGACGUGUAGGUAAUUUCCUCCACCCACCAUACACUCUUUAAAUAGCCUUUCUCCGUGUCAGUGAAGGGCUGUUAAGUUAAAACCUCGCUUUGUGCACCGGGGGGCAUUGUCAUGCUGAAACAGGACAGGGCCUGUCAGCAACAGGUGUGGUUGAAAUAGCCGAAUCCACUCAUUUGAAGGGGUGUCCACAUACUGCUGUAUAUAUAAUGUAGUUAGUCUACAUACUGCUGUAUAUAUAAUGUAGUUAGUCUACAUACUGCUGUAUAUAUAAUGUAGUUAGUCUACAUACUGCUGUAUAUAUAAUGUAGUUAGUCUACAUACUGCUGUAUAUAUAAUGUAGUUAGUCUACAUACUGCUGUAUAUAUAAUGUAGUUAGUCUACAUACUGCUGUAUAUAUAAUGUAGUUAGUCAUCAUACUGCUGUAUAUAUAGUGUAGUUAGUCAUCAUACUGCUGUAUAUAUAAUGUAGUUAGUCUACAUACUGCUGUAUAUAUAAUGUAGUUAGUCAUCAUACUGCUGUAUAUAUAAUGUAGUUAGUCUACAUACUGCUGUAUAUGUAAUGUAGUUAGUCUACAUACUGCUGUAUAUAUAGUGUAGUUAGUCAUCAUACUGCUGUAUAUAUAUAGUGUAGUUAGUCUACAUAGAUAGUGUAGUUAGUCAUCAUACUGCUGUAUAUAUAGUGUAGUUAGUCAUCAUACUGCUGUAUAUAUAGUGUAGUUAGUCAUCAUACUGCUGUAUAUAUAGUGUAGUUAGUCAUCAUACUGCUGUAUAUAUAGUGUAGUUAGUCAUCAUACUGCUGUAUAUAUAGUGUAGUUAGUCAUCAUACUGCUGUAUAUAUAGUGUAGUUAGUCAUCAUACUGCUGUAUAUAUAGUGUAGUUAGUCAUCAUACUGCUGUAUAUAUAGUGUAGUUAGUCCACAUCCUGCUGUAUAUAUAGUGUAGUUAGUCAUCAUACUGCUGUAUAUAUAGUGUAGUUAGUUAUCAUACUGCUGUAUAUAUAGUGUAGUUAGUCAUCAUACUGCUGUAUAUAUAUAGUGUAGUUAGUCUACAUAGAUAGUGUAGUUAGUCAUCAUACUGCUGUAUAUAUAGUGUAGUUAGUCAUCAUACUGCUGUAUAUAUAGUGUAGUUAGUCAUCAUACUGCUGUAUAUAUAGUGUAGUUAGUCAUCAUACUGCUGUAUAUAUAGUGUAGUUAGUCAUCAUACUGCUGUAUAUAUAGUGUAGUUAGUCAUCAUACUGCUGUAUAUAUAGUGUAGUUAGUCAUCAUACUGCUGUAUAUAUAGUGUAGUUAGUCAUCAUACUGCUGUAUAUAUAGUGUAGUUAGUCAUCAUACUGCUGUAUAUAUAGUGUAGUUAGUCAUCA